AUGCCGGACCAUUCAACAGCAUACAUAGGCACGGCCUUUGUGGCUGGUGUUUGUCUGGCGCUCACAUAUCAAGAAUUUGCGCGUCCGAAGCGUGAGGAGACCGCAACGAACCAGACAUCUCCAACAAAUCACCUAGUCGCCCGGCCUGGGCCGCCAACUAUUGUGGAAGGAAUAGAGGGCUGCAUUGGAAACACGCCUCUCCUCCGGAUCAAGUCACUAUCAGAUGCGACAGGAUGUGAGAUCCUGGGCAAAGCAGAGUUUCUGAAUGGCGCUGGCCAAAGCUCAAAAGAUCGAGUGGCACUGAGCAUGAUUGAAAUCGCAGAAGAACAAGGUAUCCUGACGCCCCAUUCAGGCGACACCAUCUACGAAGGAACGUCAGGAUCAACGGGCAUUUCACUAGCAACUCUAGCCCGAGCAAAGGGCUACUUAGCACACAUCUGCCUCCCGUCAGACCAGGCAAUUGAAAAGUCCAACCUUCUCCUCAAACUGGGCGCAAUCGUCGACAGAGUCCCACCAGCACCAAUCGUCGAGAAAGACAACUUCGUCAAUCGCGCACGAGCACUGGCCAAAAUGCACACGGCCUCAUCGGGUAAGCUCACUGCGGAAGCCAGCUCCGAUCUCCCCGCGCCACAAGCGCAGAUGACUCGUGGCCGGGGCUUUUUCGCCGACCAGUUUGAAAACGAGGCUAACUGGCGCGCUCACUACGAUGGCACCGGUCCCGAACUGUAUGCGCAAUGCGGUGGCCACAUUGAUGCUUUUGUUGCUGGGGCGGGGACCGGCGGGACUAUCUCGGGUGUUGCGCGUUACUUGAAACCGCUGCUGCCGAAGCUUACUGUUGUGCUUGCUGAUCCGCAGGGUAGUGGGCUUUUUAAUCGGGUUGUUUAUGGGGUUAUGUUUGAUGUUAAGGAGAGGGAGGGGACGCGUCGGAGGAGGCAGGUUGAUACUAUUGUUGAGGGGAUUGGGAUCAAUCGUGUCACGGCCAAUUUUGAGGCUGGGAAGGAAUUGAUUGAUGAUGCUGUAAGGGUUACUGAUGCGCAGGCGUUGGCUAUGGCUCGGUGGUUGGUUGAGAAGGAUGGUAUCUUCGUUGGGAGUAGUAGUGCUGUGAAUUGCAUCGCUGCUGUCAAGACAGCGAGGACGCUUGGCCCUGGCCACCGGAUUGUUACAGUACUUUCGGACUCUGGCUCACGGCAUCUGUCAAGAUUUUGGGCCAAAGCUGGAGAUGUGGGUGGCGCUACUGACACGAAGCUCGAGGAUGUUAUGAAUGCACGGGACGAAGACUUCCAGUAA